UGGACCCGGGCUGAGGAGAAAUACCGUGCUUUUUGAACGAUUUUAACGAAGUAAGGAGUUCGUUUUAACACGUUUCUGAGGCUGAACAGAAUUGAAUGGUUAACCUCAGCGGCUGUUAUCAUCUACUCUGCUGUAUCUGAGGCGACGCGGCAUUCCUGUGGACUUUCUGAGGCGACGACGCGCUUUACUUCGGAGAAGGAUGCUGGGGGAGCUCCACUUGACUGCGCUCCAAUCUCUCCUGGCUGUGUGUCUGCUCUUCACUCUGGAACAUGGCACGGUGAGCUGUGAUACAGUGGUGAACAUGCGUAAGGUGACUCACCAGCGGGUUCAGGAGCCUCUGUCAGGUACGGCCCUCCUGCCGUGUGUUUUCACCCUGCGCCCGAGUCCUUCGAACGAACCCCCUCGCAUCAAGUGGACCAAACUGUGGGGUCAACGCGGCCCGGACGGCCUACAGAAGCAGCAGUCGAUUCUGGUGGCUAAAGACAAUAUAAUCAAGGUGAAGAAAGCCUUCCAGGGCCGCGUGACCUUGCCGGGAUACCCGGAGAACCGAUACAACGCCAGCCUGGUGCUGACAGGCCUGCGAUCCAGCGACUCGGGGAUGUACCGCUGUGAGGUCGUGGUCGGCAUUAACGACGAACAAGAUACAGUGCCCCUUCAGGUCACGGGAGUGGUCUUUCACUACCGUGCGCCUCACGACCGCUACGCGCUGUCCUUCACUGAUGCCAAAAGAGUUUGUCUGGAGAACUCUGCCAAUAUUGCCACACCAGCCCAGCUGCAGGCCACUUUUGAUGACGGCUACGACAACUGCGAUGCCGGCUGGCUGUCGGACCAGACUGUGAGGUAUCCCAUCCAGUCGCCUCGGCCCGGCUGCUUUGGCGACAGGGAGGACUCACCUGGCGUGAGGAACUACGGCAGCCGAGACCCCGACGAGAUGUUCGAUGUGUACUGCUUUGCCAACGGCCUGCAAGGUGAAGUGUUUCACACCAGCGUGCCGGAGAAGUUGAGCCUGGCAUCUGCUUCCACUCACUGCCACACUCUGGGAGCUCAGCUGGCCACGGUCGGGCAGCUCUACCUGGCCUGGCAGGGUGGCCUCGACCGCUGCGACCCCGGCUGGCUGGCUGACGGCAGCGUGCGUUACCCUAUCAACCUGCCCCGGCGUAACUGCGGAGGAGAUGAACCAGGAGUACGGACCGUUUACCACAACCCCAACCGCACCGGGUUCCCAGACACUAGUGACCUCUUUGACGCCUACUGCUAUCAAGAGAAGAAUUUCGAAGAGCAGGCGGUGAUACUCCACAAAACCCUAGAAAACUCCAAUUUGAACUCUUCAAGCGAAGAAGAGGUGCCGCUCCAAAGAAACGGAGCCUUCCCUGAACCUUCAACUUGGACCGGUCUGGUCGAUCUCGAGAAAGAAGACUUCAAGUCCAUCAUAAACAACGAAUCUUCUGAAAUCUCAGAGGAGCAUGUUGUAAUCCAUCUUGGACCUGAAGAAAGGUCUGUAGAAUGGGAAGACGAUGCUGUGGAGAAGCAGGAGAACCUUCAAGGGGGUUCGGCGAAAGAGGAGACCGAUGAUUCAGAUGGUCCCGAUGAUUCAGAUGGUCCCGAUGUGUCUCCUGACCCGUCUUCAACCACGCCAUCUUCCUCUACGCAAGCUCAGACCAGCAACAGCGUCAUUUCCAACUUUGUGAACACAAUAAUGAAGCCAUUUAGGUACUGGACUGGGACUGGGGAACCUGCGAUACCGGCCACAGAGUCCAGCCUCUACAGAGGAACCUCAGAAAUGGUCCCACCUGCCAGGACGAAGCCAAGUAGAGAGAAAACAAGCAAAGUUGGUGCUGAUAACGCCAUCGUGGAACCUAAUAUCAAGGAAUAUUCAUACAAUCCCUCCUCGUCAGAUCCAGAAGAAGAACUCUUGGAACAGGAGAAAGAAGUGGUCUUGGUGGCUGCACAGCAGGAGAUAAAGAGUCCAAGCAAUUCUUAUAUGGAUCAUCCAUAUUCACAGACCUUCACAGACAGCUUCACUGGACCAACCAAAGGAGCUAUUAGAUCAGGAACGGCGGAUCCGACUCUUUCUUCGGCACCUAAGAGCUUCGGUUCCAUGAGGAGCAGCCAACAAAUUUUGCCGCUAAAGUCCUUGAAAGUUGCCCCAAGCAAUAAUAGGCAUUUCAUAACUCAAACAAGCAGUCCCAUGGAAGCCAAAAGAGACAGUUUGGAGAUCAUGACCAUUCCUGUUUCCAGGAACAACCCUGAGAACUUCUCCGGGGAAGGGAACGACUUGAACGAGGAUGGUUACCCUAUUCCCAAAGGUCCUCUGUCACCGUUAUCUACAGAGGAAGAAAAAGAUGGCGAGGGAAGUGGAGGGAAGGAGUUACAAUUCACCCACCAAAUGAAUGGAUCCGAUGACCACGGAGUCCCGCUGGAGACCACUGUCAGAUGGCAGCUUAUGAGUCUCCAGACGACUCAACCUACUAGUGAACCCAAGCAUGAGAAACCAGCCGACACGGUUGAGGAAGCCAGGGGGGAAAUCAUGUACGUCCAUCGCCCCAUUGAAAAACACAAGAACAAUCCCUCGAAUAAAGUCAACGUGCCUUUUGUUAAACGGAAGCAAGACCUAGGGUUGACUAUUGCACCGGAAACACACACUUCCAACACACCUACCACACCAAGCCCUGGAGAUCCCAACGAGGACAAGCUAGCAAUUCAACCACCAACCGUAGGAAUCACUCCUUCCCAACCUGGAGAAGAAACCACUACCGAAGACAUUUUGUGUACUCCGGAUCCAGCCGUUUCCAGCACGUGGUUACCUGUGGUUCAAGAGGAGGUAGAUACUCCACAACCACCGGUUCCUACCAUAAUAAUGACGCAAGCUGGACCUACGGUUCUGCCGACUAGUCCAGGUCCAAAGGACACUUCCCAGCAGGCUGAGUCCAGGUCAGGAGGGUCAGAGUCAUUUGUGUUGGCUCAGGGCUGGAUAACAUCUGAAGCAGUUCCAACAGAGGAACCUUCAUCCCAGACCACAGGAAAGACAGAGAAAGACACAACUGUGGCUGGGAGUGAAAACAGCCCCUCCAGAACUUCAGCAGAAGAUGAUCCCUGCCAGACCAACCCGUGCCUGCAUGGUGGGAGCUGUUUGACCGAGGGGGAGGGAUACAGUUGCCUGUGCCCUCAGGGCUAUUCGGGAGAGAGCUGCGAGAUCGAUAUUGAUGAUUGUCAGUCCAAUCCAUGUCAGAAUGGAGGCACCUGCAUUGAUGAGAUCAACUCUUUCGUAUGCCUGUGUCUGCCCAGCUAUGGUGGAGCAACCUGUGAGAAAGAUACUGAGGGUUGCGAGCACAACUGGAGGAAGUUUCAUGGCCACUGCUACAGGUACUUCACCCGCAGACACACGUGGGAAGACGCGGAGAAGGACUGCAGAGAGCACAGCGGUCACCUGGCCAGCAUCCAUUCCACACAAGAGCAGGACUUCAUUAAUGGUCAGUAUCAGGGUUCAUCCCAGACAGAGUCACAAAUACACUUCUGUAACUAA